UGGCGGUUAUUGGACUUUUUGCCGGGUGUUUUGCUUUGGGGCUUGGUCUUUCCUCGGGGGGCUAACUUUCUUCCUUCGUCGCCGCAACUCUGCACAACUGCACCGGGGCAACACGCGCACAACGGCCGACGAGAAGACGGCAUCGGCGGACCCCGACUUCCUUCCUGAACGCGCACACCCCCGCCGCCGGCAGCUGCUGUACAGUCGGACCAUGCCGGCCAGCGCGUGGCCCCGCAACCCGGGCGGCCGCUGCUGAGCCGGGGGGCCGCCACCGAUUCCUCCGUUCCACGGGGCACGCAACAUGGCCGCCACGAGGUUCGCCGUGGUCGUGGAUCUGGUCACGGCUGGCCAGCAGGGAGACGCGCUCGGCAGCGACGAGCAGGACACGGUCGUCUUCUCCUGGCUGGUCGUCGACCUGGCCAACAACAAGGUGGUGGCCGUGCAGCAGAACCUGGUCAAGCCACGCUCCUGCGAUGUCAACGAAAACGUCAUUUCGGAAUCCUGUCGCACCGAGUACGGAAUCUCUGAAGAACAGCUCAAGAACGCCGUGCCCCUGGAGCAAGUUAUCGAUCAGUUCAGCCAGUGGGCCCGAGCGCGGCUGGAGGCCGAAGCCGGCGGCCAGUUCUACUUCGUGACGGACGGUCAGCUGCCGCUGCGCCAGGCGCUGCAUCCGGAGGCAGUGCGGCAUGGCAUCCUGCUGCCGGACACCUUCUACCACUUCUUCGACCUGCGCAAGGAGUUCCAGGCAUUCUACGGCAAGGCCGUUGACUCAGUGCAGGACAUGCUGGCUUACCUUUCCUUGGAGCCGGAUGCAUCGGCGGAAGUAGUUACUCGUCAUGUACAAGACAUGGCCAAGAUUAUCUUAAGGCUUAACAUGGACGGGCACAAGUUUACAAAUCCGGAAGAAAUAUCUCAGAGGCUAGAAUCUGGAAUUUGCAGCAAAACCGACGUGGUGGAUAGCAACACGGUGGUGAGGGCGAGAGGUCUACCGUGGCAGUCAUCUGACCAGGACAUCGCCAAGUUCUUCAGCGGGCUCAACAUUGUCAAGGGAGGCGUGGCGCUCUGCCUGAGUCCACAGGGUCGGCGAAACGGGGAGGCGCUGGUCCGCUUCGAGAACAGCGAGCAUCGAGACAUGGCGCUCAAGAGGCACAAGCACCACAUCGGCCAGCGGUACAUCGAAGUGUACCGCGCCACGGGCGAGGACUUCGUCAACGUCGCCGGAGGUAACAACAACGAAGCGCAUUCCUUCCUGUCUCGAGGGGGACAAGUGAUUGUGCGCAUGCGUGGUCUACCUUACGACUGCACCGCUAAACAAGUGGUGGAGUUCUUCGCGUCGUCGGGAGACGGCAGCGAGGGCUCGGAACCGCACACAAGCUGCCCGGUGAUGGACGACGAGGACGGCGUGCUGUUCGUGCGCAAGCCCGACGGACGGGCCACGGGCGACGCGUUCGUGCUCUUCGACUCGGAGGAAGUGGCGAGCCGCGCGCUUCACAAGCACCGGCAGCUCAUCGGCUCGCGAUACAUCGAGCUCUUCCGAAGCACCACGGCUGAGGUGCAGCAGGUUCUCAACCGCACCAUGGACCCGCGGACGUACGACACGGCGCAGCCGCUGAUCGCCUCGCUGCCCCAGGUGCCGCUGUUGCCGCAGCAGAUGCUGCCGUCGCGUUCGUCGCGCAAGGACUGCAUCCGGCUGCGCGGGCUGCCCUACGAGGCCCAGGUCGAGACCAUACUCGAGUUCCUUGGCGAGCACUCACAGGCCAUCGUCUACCAGGGCGUGCACAUGGUCUACAACGCACAGGGCCAGCCAUCCGGCGAGGCCUUCAUACAGAUGGACUCGGAGGACUCGGCCUUCCUCGCGGCCCUCCAGCGCCACCACCGCUACAUUAUGGGCAAAAAGCCGCGCUACAUCGAGGUUUUUCAGUGCUCCAUCGACGAUAUGAAUCUGGUGCUCACCGGAGGAAUCCCAGUACAAAGGCCCCUGCUAUCUCCAGCGGCGGCUGCGGCAGCGGGCGCGAUGCUGCCGCCUGCGCCGUACGGCGCCUACCCGUACGUGCAGCCCCCGGCGCCCGUGCUGCCGGCGGCCACCAUGACGACGCUGGCGCCGCGGGUGUCCACCUACUACCCGCCCAUCUUCUACUGGUCCUACCCGAGUCCCCCGGUGUCCCCAACCACGUACUACCCCCACUCGGCAGGCCCCACCAUGGUAAUUUUGCGCGGCCUGCCGUAUAGCUCCACGCCCCAGGACAUUCUAACCUUCUUCCAGGGCUUUCCAGAGCUCACGGCCGAUUGUAUCCAGAUCCAGCGCAACACGGACGGGCGUCCCAAUGGCGAAGCCGUCGUGACAUUCCCCAGCCGCGCGGAGGCUGAGCGAGCCAUACAGGAGAAGAACCGCCAGAACAUCGGCAGCCGCUACAUCGAGCUGUUCAUGGCGUGAUCACCUGCCCAGCGGCGGCGCCCAGCAAUGCUCUCGGGUCUACGCACCCCAAGGACUUGUCUCAUCAGCGCCGAACUGCCACGUUGUUUCUCGGUGGACGAUACGUCCUUCUGUCCCGGUUUGGCUCGCGAGCGUCGUCGUUCGCCAGGACACGGCGACGAGUGGCCCGAGCCCCCUCUUGCGGUCCAGCCUGCGUGCUGAACUGUCAUCUGUGUUGCCCGUCUCCCUCACCCACAAUUUUGUAUCUUCAGCUUAUACCUCUACUACUGUUCCUUUUUGUUUCCUUAAGCGUACUCUUUCAUUUUUGCGAUUGCCGUGAUGUUUCUUUCCAUAUUGUUCUUAUUCCGAGUGAUAGCGCACAGCGCAAGGUCCGCUAUACAAGCCGGUACGCGGACCCAAGGUACCGCGAAGCGAGAUCUCGUUCUGUGCCUACUCUUUAUUGAGAUACCGCAAUGUUAACAGCAAAAUCACGCUGGUCUUCCCGUAGCGCGUCCAAUGUCACUAUUAACCAAACUUCAACAAGUUACUUUAAGUGUGUUUGUAUUAGUUUGCGAAGUCCCCGUGCAUUAUCAAGUAUCUAUUUUGGAUGUGUCAACGCCAGACCGUGCCGCAGUGCUUACCUGUGAACGCCUUCCACAUAAUGUGUUGAGACAAGCCUAACUUGGCCGCUGUACAACACGUGCGCAUUCACAAAACGUGCCUUAUGCAAGUGUCCUUCUUCCUUGAGCCAUUCUAGUGCCGAUGUGCAGCUGUACUAGCACAGACCGAAGGGCCCCCUUUUUAGAUUUUUUUAUUUUUUUUUGGUAAAGCAAACAAGAUCCCAGCACGUCUUCGCUAUCGUCGUCGUCGUCGUCUGUAUGGAGGGCACCCUCGGAGGCCGCCAUCUUCCUGCCCUCCAACUCAUCAUUUGGUCUGCGCUUGGGACGGCGCCCCAUCGUCUCGUGAUAAGCGGCAUCCAGGAUGGCUUCUCCGUGUGUUUUGUCUGUCUGACUGUCCGUCCGUCUUUGUCUGUUUCAGUGUCGUCGAACCAUGCACGUCCGUCCAGCUACCGACCUUAUUAUUAUUAUGCAUUUCCGAGCGCCGUGUUAGAGAGAGAGAGAGAGAGAGAGCGAAAGAAAGAAGAGCUGAUAGGGCAACAGUAUUCACAUUUUGCCCUGUGUGUGCCUGUUCUGUAUGUGCGCGCCCGUGCCCUCACGCGGUUUUGUAAAACCGCCUCGUUUGUUGUCGUCCACAAAGAAAAAAAAUGGCCGCGGACACAGUGCAAGACGUAAAAAAUGAAGCAACCAUGCAAGCGGCGGCGCCGAACGCCGUGGUUCCGUGUGACCCUACUGUUAUUUAUUUUACGAAACAGUGCAAUUGUAUAACUCCUCCGCCCGUUAGGCGAUUGCGACGCGAGUGGUCCCGUCUCGUGAGCGCGCAUCCGUCGCAUUUGACGCUGCGAGCGCACGGCCGGCGCCCGCUGCCUGUGGCGGCUCGGUGCUUGCGAGGACGACGCCGGUGCUUUUUGAGCAAAAAAUGCCCGUUGGCGCCGCGACCCCGGCACUGCCAGCGCUCUUUGCAAAGCCCCGGUAGAGCUCUAGUUCGUAAAAACGGAAGCUAAUGCUGCGUUUUCCUUGUGCUCCCCCUCGCUCUUUUCUAGUUUAUUACUUUCACACUAUUCUGCCACUCUGCCCAUGUCACCCCCAAACAUUACUUUUCCUCGAUAGCACCCAGUGGCGUUUUGCAUUUUAUGUGUUUUCGCCGACCGUCUAAACUGGAUGUCUUAUUUGUGUUUAUUUGCAGUGAUAAUCAUACACCAAGCCUCUUUAUUUUUUUGCCUUUUCCUUGUUUAGCAGAGCAUCUUAACGAAUUGCUUUAUCGCUCUUACAUGUGUCUCGCCUUUGCAAUGUGCGUGCGCGUAUGAUAUUUUUUUCUUUUAUGUAUAUACUACGCUUCGUCUGCACAUUUCCCUUUGCCUUCGCCCCUCCCCGAACGAUUUCACCAACUAUAAGUGUAGUAAAUGUGUACAUAUAUAUACACCACCACCUUUCAACGAAGCGACAAUGACCGCGUACCCAUCUUGGUCGGCCGGAUUUUGUCUCAAAGUUGGAACCUUAGUCGACGUUCAUGUCUCGCAAAACCAGUUAUAUGUGUUGUCGUCCUUGAGUUUGUCCGUGUUCAGAAAAAAAAAACUCAAAGAAAAAAAUUUAAAAUGUUGAAAAAAAAAGCGAAAACGUUGAAAGAGCUUUUCGGCUUCUCUCAAUAAAGAACGUAAUUAUAAAAAUA